AUGGAUCGGAAAAGGAAAUAUGCAUUUCGUUCCACCAAGAGUGUUAAAAAGGCUAAGGUCUAUCCACAAGAGGCCAUCUUAGGUUCACAAUUAGAUGCCGCUCCGAUGGAGAAGUGUAGACUUCAGCAUCGUCUAAGUACAGUGUCAGAUUGGAUCAAAGAUAUCUUGAAUGAUGUCCAAUGCACCCCUGAGGUUGAACAGCCGGGAACAGAUAUCGCCAAGGCAGUCGCGGACCUGAAUAAGGCUCUGUGCCGUGUUCAAUCUCUAACCCAACAUGUUGCUAAAUCUGGUGCAGGUGCAACUUUCAGUUCCUCGCGCACGAACAUAACCAAUUUAGAGGCGGCCCUGCCUUCUCUGCCACGUAUACCAAAUGACUUGCUCGCAAAUGCCGUUUUUACACACCCUGGCGUGAACAGCAAUAUCAAGGCCACAUAUGAUCGGCUUGAAGUCCUAGGAGAUGCGUACAUAGAGCUUAUGGCUACAAGACUUAUUUGGGAUAAGUUUGGGGAUAUCACAUCAGGGCGAAUAUCGCAAAUUCGGGAACUUCUUGUCAAGAAUGAAACUCUAGCUGAGUACGCGACUAAGUACGGCUUUGACAAAAGGGCUCAUGUGCCUCAUGACUACUUGACUCAACCUAGACGGUGGAUGAAAACCAUGGGAGAUAUUUUCGAAUCUUAUGUGGCCGCAAUUAUAUUGUCUGAACCUCAAAAUGGUUAUAAAAUAGCUGAAGAGUGGCUGACUCAAUUGUGGCUUCCAAAACUUUCAGGAAUUGAGUCGCAAAAGUCCUUUCUGCAUGCUAAGGAAGCACUUGCUCAAAAGAUAAUGGGCAAAGGGGUAAAACUCAGAUACAUUGAUGAACAGCCCUGUGCCCAGGAAAGGAGAGGGGUACAAACCUUUUGUAUUGGUGUAUAUCUCACAGGCUGGGGCUGGGUAAACAGACAUCUUGGAUCAGGUCAGGGCCCGAGCAAGGCAAUUGCAGGAAACGAAGCAGCGCUGCAGGCUCUGGCUAAUGAGGCUCUAAUUAAAUCCAUUGGUGAUGUCAAAAAGGCUCAUGCGGAAACCAAGUCCUGA